GAACAAGUUAUUCAAAAAGGUAAUUUCAGUUGAAUCUAUUACUAAACCGUAUCUAUUAUAAAAUCUUAUACAACAGGAUAAAUUAACAGGAAAUGUACCUAAAUGACUGCGUAUGAAAUAAUUAAUAAUAUGUUAGACUAUUACAGCAAAAUAAUGGCUACCUAUUUGUUCAUUGUGAUUUUGUUUUUCAUAGCUCCACAACAUUCAGCUUGAACGGUUAUGAUGCGGACAUAUCAAUCGUAUCAAGCCGUUUUAAAAUUAUAAACGUAAAUUAAUGUACGGUCAUAUAGUACUUAUUUCCAGUCAUUAUUCAACUUUUACAACCACAAGCAACUGCACAAUUUGAGGACACAGCAAGAGAAAAAUGGCCAAAAUAAUAAUGAUGGCGUUUUACUUAAUAUUUAUUGGAGUACUUAUCAUCAAUGUUAUGUCGUACAAUCCUUUGUUAACAUACACUCUACGUUUUAAAAAAAUGGAAGUACAACCUAACAUAUCUGUUGAUUAUCAUACGGUCGAUCGAUACAAAGAAGGAGAAUUUUUAAAUGCCCAAAUUAAAAUCAAUUCGAAAGAACAAGUUAACAAAGCAAUAGUGAUAUUUUAUCGUUGUGACUCAGAUGGUAUUAACUGUGAAUACUUCCAAACGUGGAAAUUUACAGACUUAUGCACUAAAUUAAAGCAGAAGAAUCAAUUAUGGUCCCGAUGGUACGGUUCGUUUGAUCCACCUAUGGUUUGCCCAUUAGAUAAAGUAAGGAAAUUGUAUUAAACUGUAUGCUAACUACAAUUUAAUGAAUAUCAUUAGUCAAAUAUCUAAAAGAAAAUAUUGCAUCAUUUGGUUAAGCCUUCACGAUGUAUAUUUAAAAACGUAUGAUUAGUACGAUUUAGUAAUAGUGCGAUAUCCCUGGUAAUAUGCUCCUCAAAAAAUUGGUAGGAGGAAAUUCAUAAAAAUAGUUAAGUAUAAUAUUAUGUAAAAAGUAAGUAAUAAAAAUGGUAUAUUUCUUUUCUUUCAUAAGUUAUUUGAUAAAUGAUAAAUUUAUGUUGCUGCAUAAACAUAUAUAACCCCG